GGCCAUUAGAAUCUCUCCUCUAUCUCUCUCUCUCUCUCUCUCAUCCAAAAAAACAAAGGAAAAAAAAACCAUUAACGUAUCCAUCGAUCAUCAUCUAAAGAGAGUAGUGUCAUAGAGAGAGAAAGAGAGAGAGAGAGAGAGAGAGAGAGAGAGAGAGAGAGAGAGUACGUACGUAGUAGUAACUGUUCAUGGCGACCACCAACAUGGCCUCGGCCGCAUCAAGCUUCGUGCUCACCUCGGCCAUCCCCACCACAAACACGUCCGCACGUGCCAACUCCCUCUCGUUCCACAAGCCCGGGAGGAGGAUGGUGGUGGUACGAGCCGAGGAGGAGGCGGCGGCGGCACCGCCGCCCACCCCAGCCCCGGAAGGUGGUGCCAAAGCCUCCCCCGCCGCCGCCGUCAAACCCCCGCCGCCGCCCCCCAUCGGCCCCAAGAGGGGAGCAAAGGUAAAGAUUCUGAGGAGGGAAUCUUAUUGGUACAAUGGCAUUGGAUCAGUUGUCACUGUGGAUCAGGACCCUAAGACUCGUUAUCCAGUCGUGGUUCGAUUCAACAAGGUGAAUUAUGCCGGUGUUUCGACAAACAACUAUGCUUUGGAUGAAAUCAAAGAAGUAAAAUGAGCUCAUUUUCUGAAGCAUAUCAGCCUCAAUCUUGUGUAAUGCAUGUAUUUUGUACAACCCCUUGUAUGUGCUAAACUUGUCAAUUUUUAGUUAUUGCAAUGCUAUGAACACAAUCAUCUAUUCAUAUUUAGUAGCA